AUGUAUGAAAAAACAAAAAAUAAAACUAGAAUAUUGUAUCUAUUACCUUCAUUUUCAUCCUUUAGAUUGAAAAUGGCCAUUGUUUUCCUUAGUGUGUCUUCCGUUUCCGAUUUGACUGACAGCUUCAAGUCACAAAUGCAUGCUUUAUACGUAUUUAUCACUACGCACAACGUCAAAUACAUUUUUCAACUUAAAGUAAAUAUGAUAUCAAGUCUAGUUCUCAAAUACAAACAUUCGAAAAAAUCAUCCAUAGCAUUAAAGAUAGCACAUAGAAUGGAAAAAGAAGAAUUAGAUUUAAAAGAGGCAUUAAGACUACUAAAGAAACAAGAACUCGAAAGAAGGAAGAAAAAGCGAGAUGAAAAGAAAAGUAGAAUUUACGAACCGCCUUUUACGUCGAUAUACAUAAGUAAUUUACCUAAAGAUAUCACAGAAGAUGAAUUAAUUCGUGAAUUUACCCAUUAUGGUAUAAUACGCAAAACUUCUGAGGGAGAAAUACGAUGCAAGCUCUACAAAGAUAGUGAUGGUAAAGUUAAGGGUGACGCUUUGAUAGUAUAUGCUAGAAUUGAGAGUGUUCAACUUGCAAUCGAUAUGAUGGAUAAAACGAUAUUACGUGGAUCGAUAAUUAAUGUUCAAACUGCGCAAUUUAAAAGUAAUAAAAGGAAAAUUGAUGAUAAAAAUAAUGCAGAAGAAGGUGAUCAUGUCCCGCUUAAACGUGGGAAGCAGUUGCAAAAAUACGCAGAGGAUGGCACAAUACAAGACGACAGCGCAAAAGAAGUAUCGGAUUGGCAUAUUACUAAACUUGAAGGUCAUAGUGAGGCAGACAGGACUAUUGUUUUAAAUAAUGUGUUAGACGUCGGUGCUAAAUAUACGGAAGGUGAAUUAGAUGAAAUCAAAGAAGAUAUAGUAGAUGAAUGUUCUACGGUUAAAGGUAUCGAACGUUUUGAAUUAGAUGAAUCAAAUGGUAGAGCAUUAGUAGUAUAUGAGGAUGUACCGUCGGCUCUUAACUGCCGUUCAUUACUUGACGGUCGAUUCUUUGAUGGAAGAGAAAUUAUAGCACGUACGCUGACUGAGGAAGAAGGCCUACUCAAUAAACAAGAUCUAUCGAAUUUCGUAACCCAAGAAAGGGUUGAAGAGUCGGAAGAUGAUUUAGUCGAUGAAUCAUGA